CCCGAAACUACGUCGUAUUGGUCCGCUCACGACCGUUACAACUUUCCAUUUUUCUUCCCUUUUUUCUCUUUUAUUCAAACUUUCAAAUUUCAAACACUCGCACUUCCGCUCCACUCCGUUAAUUAAAUAUUGAUCGAAUUUCGAGAACUCCCCAAAUCGUUUUCUUCUUCACUUUCCCAAUACCAUUCUUCUAUUUUGUCUCCACAUUACAGGAAUUAAACGAUUUUUGGGAGAAUAUUUCUUGAAAAAACAAAGAAUCUGCAAACAUUCAGUCCUUUUGUUUCUUUGUGUUGUUUGUGAUCUUUGGUGAUUUUUCUGCGCAAAUGGGUGCUUCAGGGAAGUGGAUAAAAUCUUUGAUCGGUCUUAAAAAGGCUUCUGUGAAUGAACUCGAAAAAGGAGGUGGUAAGGGAAGGAAGUGGAGGUUAUGGAGGAGUGGAUCAGGUGGAAUAGUCAUAGCUAAGGGCGGCAGAGGCGGCGGUGAUGGGGCGGAGACGGAGGGAUCGGAAGCCUCUUCUUAUGCUUUCGACAGUGAAAUGGCGGCGGCUGUGGCUGCUCUUGCCAAGGCUUCACCUAAGGAUUUCAUGGUGGUCCGGAGGGAGUGGGCUGCUGUUCGGAUUCAGACUGUUUUUCGUGCUUUUCUGGCGCGGCGCGCUUUGAGGGCCUUGAAGGCGUUGGUGAGACUUCAAGCCAUAGUGCGUGGACGGCUGGUCAGGAAGCAAGCUGCGGUGACACUAAGGUGCAUGCAGGCUCUCGUUCGUGUUCAAGCUCGAGUAAGAGCUCAUUGCACUCAAUCCUCUGCAGGAGGGCUCUCGGACAAAGAGAGCCAAGUCGACCCUAAGAAGCUUGUCGAGAGUGGCUGGUGCAACAGCGUUGGCACGGUUGAGGAAGUGAUGUCGAAGCUGCAAAUGAAGCAAGAAGGAGCCAUCAAGAGAGAGAGGGCUUUUGCCUAUGCUCUUUACCAGCAGCAACUGAGGCGAACCCCCAACGCAUGCUCGAGGGCCAGCAAGAUGGGCACGGCCACACCGGCUAGGUCAGACAAGGCCGGUGCAGGGCUCAAUUGGCUGGAACGUUGGAUGGCAACGAAGCCAUGGGAGUCAAGGCUGAUGGAGGAGUUCCACAGCGAUGUAUCCGAUCUAACCCCGGCUUCCGUGAAGCACGAGGCUGGAUCCUUGUCCAGCGCAUCCGACCACGACCCCAUCAGAACAAGGCGCAGCAACCUCUCCACUCGAACACCCUUGAAGGUGCCCAUGAGUUGCCAGAUCCUACGCUCGUCCUCUGAUCCCUGCUCCGAGUCCAUGUACAACGACGAGACCACUACUACUUCAAACUCGUCCACGACAACCUCAGAAACGCCCGGGUCGGGCGAGACAACAACGGAAUCCAAGCCUCACUACAUGAGCCUCACAAGAGCAACCAAGGCAAAGCAGAGACCUUGUGCGUAUGGUUCAAAUGCGAAUGCCCACUCCUUGCACCGGCAUUCGGUCGAGGAUCUACCCCACCGGAGGAAGCCGAGCCCCCUCUCUAAAGGGAACGCGAGGAGGAGCGCUGACACGGACUUAUACUCCGUUGAUCUGUGCAAGGAUCUCUACCCUCCGGCCUACUACGCGUGAGCAUUGCGUGUUUCCUAAAUAUCUUUACAUGUCGAAUGAGUUCAACAUCUUGUUGUCCUUGAUUUCGUCGAUUGUUGCUUCGGGUUAAGGUUUCCUUGAGAGUAUACAAUCAGCUUCAAUACAUUCUGCAAAAAAUUGAGUGAUCAAACUAUAAUAUAGCUUUUGAAUUUGUUGUUAUAGCAGCAGAUGCUACGGUUCAACACUGUAAAAUAUGCAGUGUUUUUGUAUCUGCUUCGUAUAAAUAUUCGACUUGUGCUACAACAUUGGUGUUUGAAUACGUAUAAAAUAUAUGGAAUUUCGUAGGUAUAGC